AAUAAUGAAGAUCUUCGAAAUAUUAUGACGUGGGAGCACACAGCUAAGACAAUGCUUACAUAAUUCUUUAGAAAAUGUGCUUCAGAUCAAAAAGCAAGGAUGUUGUUGUACAAAGAAUUUCCUAAACAUUAUGUGUGGGUAGUAGGAAAGAAAUGUUGGAAUGAGAGGGAAAAAAGGCCGUGAUUGGACGAAUAAAUUCAGCAAAUCCUAUAGAGGGGGAGAGAUAUUAUUUAAGGCUUUUAUUGAAUCAUGUUAAAGGUCCUACUUCUUGGGAUGACCUACUCACUGUUGAUGGAUUACUUGUGAAUACUUUUAAAGAGUCUGCACAGAAAACAGGACUCUUAGAAUCCGACGAUAGUAUAGUCGAAUGCUUGGAUGAAGCAGUAAAUUUCAAGAUGCCAUGCGUAUUAAGAAGAUUAUUUACAACUAUUCUAGUUUAUUGUCAACCAACAAAUAUCAGAUUAUUAUGGGAGAGAUAUAGACCAGCAAUGUCUGAAGAUUUCGUUCAAAGAUCUAUAGCGACAGAUGUAGAACAAACUGCAUGGGCAUUAGAGGGAGUUAAUUAUUUCCUAGAGUGCAUGGGGAAGACAAUACAAGAUUUUGAUUUACCUAAAUUUAAAGAGGAUGAAAUAGAUAAUCCAUCAUGCAAUCUAUGAAUCAUACAUGAUGAGAUAGAUGUUGAAGUCUGUCAGGAAGAUAUAGAUGGUAAGUACAAAUUAAAUGAAGAUCAAAGAAAAUCUUUUGAAAUAAUAAUGGACAGAGUUAAUAUGAAUAAGGGAGGAGUUUUUUUCAUAGAUGGUCCUAGAGGGACGGGAAAAAUAUUUUUGUACAAAACUAUACUUGCCAAUGUCAGAUCAAAAGGAAUGAUUGCAAUAGCAACUGUAACUUCAGGAGUAGCAACAUCUUUACUACCUGGUGGCGCACAUCACAUUCACGGUUUAAGAUACAUAUUAAUGCCACUGAGACAACAGUUUGCAAUAUAUCUAAACAGGAAGGUACUGCACAUUUGAUUAGAAAAGCAGCACUAAUUAUUUGGGAUGAAGCACCUAUGGAAAAACGAGUAGCAAUUGAAAGUGUAGAUCGUACAAUGUAAGACCUAUUGAGUACAAAAGAAUUGUUUGGUGGUAAAGUAGUAGUUUUUGGAGGAGAUUUUCGUCAAGUGUUGCCAGUUAUUCCAAGAGGAACAAGGAGCCAAACAGUUAAUGCCAGCUUAGUAAAGUCUUAUUUGUGGGAGAAGAUGGAAAAGAUAACAUUAAAAAUAAACAUGCGAGCAAAAAAUGAUGAAGAAUUCAGUAAAUUCUUGUUGCGUGUCGGAAAUGGAACAGAAAAAACAACUAAAGAUGAACUAAUUAGACUUCCUGAAAGUAUUGUGAUUGAAGAUAGCAAAAAUGGACAAUCGGAAGUUGAAUUGUUAAACCAAGUAUUUCCAUCAAUUAAACAAAAUGCAAAUUCAACUGAAUAUAUGACAGAACGAGUUAUUCUUGCGACAAAAAAUGAAUAUGUAGAUGAGCUCAAUGACAAGCUUUUGGAUAAAUUUCCUGGUGAUGAGAUUAUUUUCCAUAGUUUUGACAAGGCUAUUGAUGAUCCAAAUAACUACUACCAAGAAGAAUUUUUAAACAAAAUGAUGCCUAAUGGUCUUCCACCGCACAAGCUAAAGUUGGAGCAGAAUUGCCCGAUAAUGUUGCUUAGAAAUCUUGACCCAUCAAAUGGACUUUGCAAUGGAACUAGAAUGGUUUGCAAAGAGUUUGAUAAAAAUGUUAUUAAAGCAAAAAUAACAAAAAGUCAUCAUGCGGGUCAAGAAGUCAUGAUUCCAAGGAUACCAUUAUCACCAGCUGAAAAUGAAAAUUACCCUUUCAGACUUCAACGAAAACAAUUUCCUAUAAGGUUAUGCUUCGCAAUGACAAUAAACAAAGCACAGGGACAAACAAUUCGCAUAGUGGGUAUUUAUUUACCACACCAUGUUUUUUCACAUGGACAAUUAUACGUCGCUUUAUCUCGUGGUGUAUCAACAAAUAAUACAAGAGUGCUGGUUAAAGGCGAAAGAAAACAAAAAAAAAAAGGAUAUACAUACACCAAAAAUAUCGUCUACAAAGAAGUUUUAUCCAGAGAAAGGUUAGAAAAAACAUUAAAAUGACUAACUUAUUUAUUUUAAAUAAAUGUCAAUAAUAAAAAUAUCAAAAUUAAAUUUACUUAUUUUAUAGCAAUAAAUAUUGCAAUAAGAAGAUGGUGAAAAAAAUAAAUAUCAUUAUUAUAAUUUGUAAAAAUUACUUUAUUUGAUAUUUCUAAUAUUUACUAUUG